CUGAGCAUCUGCGCGUGCAGCGACGCUCCUGUGAAUGACGGAACCGGCUCCGCCUAAAUCUGCUGGGCUGGGGAGAGGAAGGGACGAACAGUCGACAAGACGAGAGAGAGUGUGUGUGUGUGUGUGUCUGAUAAAGGAGGGAGGAAUUGCUGAAGAAUCAGACCAACUACGAUAAAACCAACAGAGCCACACCGGGGCUGAGAUUAUGACGUAGGCACCAUGCUCGAGCGUUCAGCGCAUCUAUCGCGCUCCUCAGCAACUUGGUGAAAGACUCGCCGGCGCGCACGAAGCUUGGAAGCAGCUGCGCUGAAGCCUCCUCCUCACCUUGACGAAAGCUAUCCCGUGCGCGAAAAUCCAGCACUUAAUUCACGGGACAGCUCCAGUGUGUCGGCUUUCCUAAACUGGACUCAAAUUCAAGAGCAGUUCUUUCAGUACUUUCAGAACACUCUCGCACGCAGGAACAUUAGAAGUGUCAUCAUAAUUCUUGCUUUCAUUUAACUGCGAUCCAUAGUCUGGGACAUUUUUUUCUCCAAUAAAUAUGUACCAGGGGCAUUUGCAGGGGAAAGACUCUAGGGCUGCAGAUAAGACCGUUGCCAUGGUCCUGAAGGAGAUACCCAAUAAGGCGUCCUCAGAAGGCAAGCCCCUCCUCACGGGGACAAACAAGCUGGUGAGUGAGCAACAAGAGAGCCGUCCCUUGCUGAGCCCUUCCAUCGAUGAUUUCCUCUGCGAGACCAAGUGUGAUGGAGCUGCCCGCCCAGUAACCUCCAACACAGCAGUACUCUCCUCCUCUCUGGACCUGCUAGAUCUGAGUGAGCCUGGUGAGAGAAGACACAGCAAAGACAGGAAGAGCCCUCUUUCUUCUAAGGGCACACCGUACAGGAAGAAGAAUGAUGAAACAGAGCUGAUCCAAGUGGAUGUUGAUCGGAGUAUAAACUGUUCCCGCACACCUGAAAAGAUUUCAUUGGACUCAGUAGCAGUUCCAUCUUCCUUGGACAAAUGGGAAGAGCUCAACCCGCACCCAGAGCGAAAUGGUAGCAGAAAGUGGAAACUUGAGAGAAGAUGUUCAUCAAAAAAUUCUGGUGAAUUUGUGUGGUCUAUGGAUUGCAAGACUCAGCUAGACACUACCCCCAGGAACUCCCUAGAGGUCAAUAAUAAAGUAGAGGUUGAACCCGUGCCAGCAACUCAACUCAACAGGCUAUAUGUUAGUGGAAGACAUGGCCGUUUGAGCAAAGACCAAAGGUGGGGUAGCACACUACUGUCCAGAAACCACUCUCUGGAGGAAGAGUUUGAGAGAGCUAAGGCAGCAGUGGAGUCAGACACAGAGUUUUGGGAUAAGAUGCAGGCAGAGUGGGAAGAGCUCGCUCGCAGGAACUGGCUAACGGAUAAUGAGCAACCACAGAUUCCCUCGAAUGUGUCUCCUUAUGAAAAGGGAUACUACUUCCACACAGAUAACCCUUUCAAAGACUGGCCAAAUGCAUUUGAGGAGGGCUUACGCAAGUCCAGAGAAGGAGAGCUGCCUAACGCCGUGCUUCUUCUGGAAGCUGCUGUGCUGCAGGACCCUCAGGAUUCAGAGGCUUGGCUGGUGCUGGGAACCACGCAAGCAGAGAAUGAGAAUGAGCAGGCAGCAAUUGUCUCCCUCCAGAGGUGUCUGGAGCUCCACCCCAACAACCUCCAGGCCCUCAUGGCCCUGGCAGUGAGCCUGACCAACACGGGCAUGAGGCAGGAAGCGGCCGAGGCACUGCUGAGCUGGUUAAGGCACAACCCCAAAUACAAGCAUCUUCUGAAGAGCCGCACGCACCUGCAGAGCUCACCUGGUUCAUGGAGACCCUCCUGCCCCUCCACAACAGGCUGCCCCCUGCUGCCUGAGGUGAAGGAGCUGUACCUGGAAGCUGCCCAGCACAACUCGGACACUAUCGACCCAGACCUGCAGACAGGGUUAGGAGUAUUGUAUAACCUCAGCUCCGAGUUCAACAAAGCUGUGGAAGCCUUCAACGCUGCGCUGUCAGUGCGGCCAGAGGACUACCUGCUGUGGAAUCGGCUGGGGGCGACGCUGGCUAAUGGAGAUCGCAGCGAGGAGGCUGUGGAGGCCUAUACCAGAGCCCUGGAGCUGCAGCCCGGCUUCAUCCGCUCACGUUACAACCUCGGCAUCAGCUGCAUUAACAUGGGCGCUCACAGGGAGGCAGCCAGUAAUUUCCUGACAGCUCUUGGUCUGCAGAGGAAGAGCAGGAGUCGGCAGCUUUCGCACCAGGUCAUGUCUGGAAACAUCUGGGCGGCCCUGCGGAUAGCACUGUCCAUGCUGGACCAGCCGGAGCUCUUUCAAGCUGCUAACAUAGGAGACCUGGACUUACUCAUGAAAGCUUUUAAUCUGGAUAUGUGAGCGAGGAUACCCUUUAAACAUGGCAAAUAUCCAAAGUCCUUAAUGAGAAGAACUUUGUCAGAAAGCAACCUUUGUUUCACAGAGCACCUUUACAUUCCUGAGAAAUGAGUGCUGAAUGAUACUAUUUUAAUAGAUUUGCACAUCAGUUUACGAUUACCCUAAAUAGCACAAUGCCAGGGGAAGAUUGUACAAGUAUGCCUUAGAGAAAAUAUCAGCUAGACCUGUAAUGUAACAGUGGGGAAUCGCAGGAAUACUCGAUUCAUCUCGUAAUUUCACAAAUGAUUAGUGAUUCAAUUAGACAUGUACUGUACUGCGUAGAGUUCAUGUAUUGGUUCGAUUGCUCUCUUUAUUUGAGAGGGUGGGGUUAUUAUAGAUUUUGGUGGCACUUAGUUCAACCUGCUGCAUCAUCCCCUUUAUUUCCAGGAGCUUGCAGACCAGAUUAAAAAGCCUUACUUAUCUUGCAUGUAAAAUAAAUAAUUGAGAUGUUAUAGGUAUGAUAUCAGAUAAAAGCCAUUCCUUGCCAUACUUUGACCUCUUGAUGUAGAAGUCUAUGUUCCAUCAAGGUCUUUUUGUAAAACAUACCACAUCGUUGAAAUGUUACGCUGAUUAUUUUACAAAAUUUGAUGCAGGGAUUUCAGAUAUACUGCCCCUUUUGCCAAAAUUGUCAGCCUGGAUUUGACAGGAAAACUGGAAAGUUGCCCAAAAUAUAAGCCAAACUAUUUGUGAGCUUCACAGUUUUAUACCCUAAUAUUUUCGUUGUAACUUGUUAUGGUUCAUCUCCAGCUUGCAUGAUGUUUUAUUUUGCUCAUCAGUGUGAAUACGCAAGUGCUUAAUGAUGCAUAUGUGCUUCAAGAAAAUUCCUACAUUUUAAAAUGCUAUGCAAAACCUAUACAUUUUUUCUUAAUGCAGCCGGAAGCAGAAGAAAAGCCUAAAGCACCAGAAAGCUUUACUUACGUUGUCACUUCUUGUGUUUAAUGCUGAAAACUGGUAGGUAGAAGGUAGAAGAUCUGGUAGUCCCUUGUAGAUGGUCUAUUGUACUUUAAAGCAACAUAUACAUUAAUCCAGAUACAUUUGAAAAUGCUUAUUUUUCUCUAUAUUUUGGCCUUCUGUCCACAUUUUGUGAAAGAUGCUCGCAGAGUGGAUAAAAUUAAAAUUGUUUUUGUUUUGUAAUGUGAAAUUUGAAACAGACGUACUCGAAAACGAAGACAUGUUUAGCCAUGUGACGCCUAUUUUAUUUAUAGAUAUCUACUGUAAGUUGUAUGCAUAAGAUGAUUUAAAGGGGUACGUCUCUCAAAAAUGAAUAAUUUACUCCAAACAUGGAUGAGUUCCUUUCUUCUGUUUGGCACAAAAUAAGAUAUUUCAAAUAAUGUUGGUAACCAAACAUUUGCUGGUAUUGACUUCCACAGUAUUUUCUCAGUAUUUAGUAUUUUAGUCAAUGGCUAACAUCAACUGUUCACCAGCAUUUUCUGACAUUUCAGUGAGAUGAUAAACUAUUGGAAAAUGCCUGAAACAUCAGUGUGUACAGACUAUUUUAAAAAUGAAAAUGGCAUUUUCAAAUAUAUCUGGAAAUGUUUCUUAUUUUAAAAAAGUCUUCCUGAUCCAGCUGAGGUUUUAUUUGUAGCAUCAUGUUUUUUUUUUAUUAUUCCCCACCUAGUUCAAGAAUUAAUUUGUUAAAAUAACUAUAUCAAUGAAAAAGCAUGCAAAGUCAUUCAAGCACCCAUUAUCAAGUGUGAUUAUUUUAUUAAUUGUUACUAUAUUUAUUUAAUUACUGCUCUAUAUAUUUAUUUUAUCAUUCUGUAUCUGAAACUCUUUGGAAAUGUAUAUGCUCAUCGAUACAGUUAGAACAGGCUUGUGCUUUGUAGCUGAAUGUUACAUUAGAUACUGUAGAUUCUUUAAUGCCUGAGGCCAAACCUCCCCUUUUCUAGAACUUUGUACAAUCUCAGGUGAUUGUCUAGAUGAAUUCAUGCUCCAGAAGUACUUCUGAUGUACGAUCGCAUGCCGAAUAUACUUAUUUUUGAAUGCUGUAGAAUUAUUUAUAUGCAUGACCUUGACCAUGCCUAUUUUAAUCUAUACCCUUCAUUUCUAUGACUUAUAAAUCACUGUAAUCACAAUAUUUUGCAUUUUAAAAUAUAUAUUGAUCUAAAGAAUACAGCAUAUUAACUGUAAAAUAUCUACAAACAAGCAGUUUUUGCAAUACAGUGAGUAAUCUCAACAAGACCUUCUUUAUAGUCACUUAUAUUACUAUUGCAAUAGCCAGAUUUACUAAAGCCUUUAGAAAUAGAGACUUAAAUAUAUGUUAUGCAUCAUUCAGUUUCUGAAUUUGUACAUGCAGACUUUCUGAAUGUUUGCCAGAGGCUUUAUUAACUCUGGCCCAAUAUUUAAAAGAUAGAUGCAUAAACAAAAGUUAUCUUUUAAAAUAAAAUAUUGGAAUAGAGUUUGUUUGCUUGGUUGUUGCUGUUGUUAAAAAAUUAUUUCCAUGAGUGCAUUUGUUAUUUUUUGGUUUUGUUUCCAAUCUAGCAUCACCAAACAUGAAAAUGGCACAGACAAACAAUUGUGGAUUUUAUUGAACAAUCCAAACAUUAUGAAUAACAAGUAUGUUUGAACAGAUUUUCGAAUGAGGAUUCCCACAUUUGCCAUAUUUGUGUUUCUAAACAAUAUAUGGAUCAGAAAUUCAAUUAAAAAAAAAACUUAUAACAAACAAGUGGGCAAGUUUGUAUAGUACUACAGAAUUGGCACACAUUUUUUUGCAAAAACAAAAACAAACAAAGAAAAUCAACAAUAAAAACAUACCACUUGACCUUCAGUUCCAUGAAAAACAGAACCCACUAAAGAUCAAUAAUAUAUUGCAAAAUGUCAACUGACUAACCUCUGAUUUUUAGUGCAUAUACUGAAAAAAAAACAAAAAAAAAAUCAAGGCAUGUUUGAGAAAGGUGAAGUAAAAGCAUCCACUUUCACACCCAAUAUCAAGACAAAAAGAACAGAAAGAAAAAGAGAGAGAGAAAGAGAAGCAGGAGGAAAUGGGUAUGAAUAUUCAUUCAAAGUAAGAAAGCGAAGGAGAGAAAGAGUGAGAGAACCUCGGGUGGAUAAGCCGAAGAAAGACAGACGCACAAGGUAAAGGGACAAAAGACAAUGAACUCUCAACAUAACAGGUAGUG